AUGACAGGCCCAGGACGCUCACCCUCCUCCCCUUGGGUACAGAGUCCUCAGGGUCAUCGUGAUGGUGUCACACAGUCCUUUCAGUCAACUAUCUCACCAUCACAUACAGGCAUGAUGUCGAAUGCUUUCACGGAUCGAUCGACUCCCAAUUACUUCGGCAUGGCCACACAUAACACCAAUCAACCAAUUUCCAAUCCAGGGUUGUCCACACAGAAGAACUGGGGCACGUCGCCUCACACCCAAUCUGUGCAUAGUCCAAAAGCCCACCUUCAUCCUCAAGAACUGGUAUCAUCGGGGCUAGUGAACAUGUUGAAGACUGAGCCUGAAUCUAGCCGGAUGCGCCGAGAAUCAGCUCUUAAUGAAUCCUCCAACGGGACUCAAACGAGUCCGGGGUCAAGGCCAUCGUCUACGCAACCGCUAGGCAGCUUUUCCUUGGGGAUAUCCGGUGGACAAAGGCUGGGAGCUGGAGCCACUCUUGCCUCAGUCCCCUGGGUUUCGCCAGAACGCUGCGCCGACUUACUUAAAGCAUCCCAGUCAAACGUCAUGCUUUUUGAUAUUCGCCCAUUUGCCCAUUUCAAACAAGCCAAUAUCAAAGGCUCACUCAACCUAUGCAUUCCGACCACUCUACUCAAACGUCCCUCAUUUGAUACCAAGAAAUUACAGGGCACAUUUACAGACGACGCUGACAAACAAAACUUCUCUCGGUGGAGAGAUUGCAACGUGAUUAUUGUCUAUGACUCGUCCGCUGCCGAUGCCAAGGAUGCAGCAACUCUUGUGAACGUGCUCAAUAAAUUUAAAGCGGAGGAUUGGAAGGGUGACGGCUUGAUUCUACAAACUGGAUUUCAAGGAUUUUCACGGCAAUUUCCACAGUUGAUUGAGCAGUCAUCAACACAAACGACCGGGCUUUCUUCCAAACGUCCCUCUCCUAUGGGAAUCAAUUUGCAAUCUGUUGCUCCUGUUGUUGGUGGCUGUGCUUUACCGGAUUCAUCCUCUGCCGUAAAUCCAUUCUUCGGAAAUAUCCGGCAGAACAUGGAUCUUCUCGGUGGAGUUGGGCAAAUUCCAUUGAAGCAGCCUGAGCAAUUGACCGACGCAAAGCGACAGCAACUUCCUUCCUGGUUGCGGGGUGCUUCCGAUGCCAACGACAAGGGACAUAUCGUUUCUGACAAGUUCCUGAGGUUGGAAAAGAUGGAACUAGAACGCAUGAAACAGGCUUUGACCUAUGAAGGACCCUCGGCUGAAGUCGAUGGAAGCGCCAAGAAGUAUCGUGUUGCAGGAAUUGAAAAGGGCACAAAGAAUCGUUAUAAUGACAUUUACCCAUUCGAUCAUUCCCGUGUUCGACUUGAGGGAAUUCCAUCUGGAGCCUGUGAUUAUGUGAACGCGAAUCACAUCUCGGCUGAGCUCACCAAUCGGAAAUACAUUGCCACGCAGGCUCCUGUUCCUGAUACGUUUAAUGACUUCUGGCGCGUGGUAUGGGAGCAAGAUGUAAGACUUCUUGUUUCUCUUACCGCCGAGGUGGAACGGGGCCAAGUUAAAUGUGAUCGAUACUGGGAGACCGGGGACUAUGGACCUUUCGAGGUCAAGGCCUAUUCAGAAAAGUACAUCUAUAUCGAAUCCAAAGGUCAACCCAUUGAUCCGAAUGUGGGUAGCCUCAAGACAACAACCGAGAAGCCAGACGGCACGAACGAAAACCCCGUCAUUAUUGUGCGACACUUUAGCAUUCGCCAUACGUCAUUCCCCUUCCAGCCGAUCCGGGAUAUCACCCAGCUCCAAUAUCCUUACUGGCCCGAUUUCGGAACAACAUCUCAACCCACCCAUUUGCUCCAUCUGAUCGAGCAAUGCAACAAGGUUAUCCGUGCCACCAGCAACUCCAGCUUUAGCGGCGAACAAGCGGAACCCAAGGGCCAGCGGCCGAUACUAGUGCAUUGCAGUGCAGGCUGUGGGCGUACGGGGACGUUCUGCACCGUCGACAGUGUAUUGGACAUGCUCAAACGUCAACGUGCGCAAAGCAACGGCGGUAAAGGCCUAGAUCAAAUUCCCACCAGUAGUUCCGAAUGGGUUGGGGAUUUUAAUCUUGACCUAAUUGCGAAGACUGUUGAAGAUUUCCGCCAACAGAGGCCGAGCAUGGUACAGAACCUCAGCCAAUAUGCACUUUGUUAUGAGAGCGUUCUCGAAUGGCUUGUUUCUCAGAUGAAUUAG